AUGACUUCCUCAGAUUCUUCGAAUCAAAAGAUUAGAGUGGGAUUUAUAGGACUCUCUGCGUCUUCUGGAUGGGCAGCAGGAAACUUAGCCCCGGCCCUACUUCACCCCUCACUUCGAGACCGCUUCGACCUCGUAGCGGUAUCUACAACCACCGAUACAUCAGCAGCAGCGUCAGCCGCAAAGUACUCCAAGGAAGUAGGACACGACAUCAAAGCGUAUUCCGGGGACACAUCGAGAAUCGCGGCUGAUCCGGAUAUUGACUUGGUCGCUGUGUCGGUGAAGGCGCCGAAUCAUCUGCAAGCUGUGUUGCCUGUUAUUGAGGCGGGGAAGAAUUUUUUCUUGGAGUGGCCUGCGGGGGCUUCGACGAGGGAGACGGAGAUGAUUGCGGAGGCUGCGCGUAGGAAUGGAGUUAGGUCGAUUAUUGGGCUUCAAGGCAGGCACGCUGUUGUUAUUCGAAAGCUUAGGGAAAUAUUGGCGUCUGGAGUGAUUGGUACUGUUCGGUCUACAAACGUCAUUACGCACAACCCUCGAGAGCUCGGGUAUUAUGCUCCUUUUGCGAGAGAGGUCUAUGCGUAUAGUCUGGACCCAAAAAAUGGAUGUUCUCUACUCGCUAUUCCCAUUGCGCACCAGCUAGACACGCUCGUAGACGUGCUUGGGGAAUUUGCGAGCGUCUCAGCAACUGAGGCGACGAUGUAUCCAACCAUCACGUUCGUCGAUGAGGCAGGAAAGCCUACAGACAAAACGAUCCCAUCGCGACAACCUGAUCACUAUGCCAUCACCGGUAUUUUAAAGACUGGGGUGCUGGCAAACAUACUCUGGCGCAGUGGAUACGCUUCGAGUGAAGGCCGAAGGCAGUUUAUUUGGGAGAUUGAAGGCGAAGAAGGCAGUAUUAUACUGCAAUCUAAGGAAAAGACGGGAGCGUUCCCUGGGUUUACAGAGUCUGAAUUGUACCUUAAUGGCCAGAAGGUAGAGUUUGAGACGCCGGGGAAUGUGUUUGAAAGUUGUCGUCAGGCGUGGCAGGAAUACGCGGAUGGUACGGAGCGCUAUGUUACCAUUGACGAUGCGGUUAAACACCAUCGGCUUAUUGAUGCUAUUGAGACAAGCGCGAAAGAAGGGAGGCGUAUUGUACUUUGA